ACGAUCUUGAGAUGUCAAUGCUGUUAUUUCAUUGGUUAAGUAAGUCUCAAGUCGGCUCGAAGCUAUACUUGAGACAAUUCUUGAACUUAAGAUCGGUUUAUGAAUUCCGUCCCUAGUCUUCAUAGUUUUCAUCCUCUUCCGAGCCCAAUUAGCAAUAAAUCAAUAUUACAUAUAUGCUGUCAGUCUUAUAUCUAUAAGGUCUACGGGUUUAUGCCAUUUCAUGUGAGGGCCCUAAUUCUUCGAAACAUUUUGAUCGACCAAUCGAAACGAAGAAUUUAACUAAUUGACCAAUCAAAAAAUAUUUUUAAGCAUUUGCAGAAUCAACUGGACCGUAACCUUCAAAUGUACCUACGAUGGUUGCGACGAACUUGUGUUUGUGUUACAUGUGCUCAGCAGAAAUGCCGACAUAUCUUGUGCAUCCUUGACCAAUGUUUAUAUUUUCUUACCAAAACAUCGUAUGUUUGUAUCGAGUUGUGAUAAAUGAAAAUGUUGAUCUUCCAAAAACGUUAAACACGUACGAUAUACAGCUCAAAGAUUGUAAGAAAAUUUCAAAAUAUGUAAAGUGAAAGAAAAAUAGUUCCCUAGAAUCUGCAUGGAGAACAUCGCGAGAAGGAAAGCUUGGUUGUGCGUGUCGUAUUUUUCAUUUUGUAUGUUCGCUGUUAUAUUUUGACGCUUUGAGAGAUCCACGAUAUUCGAUUCAAUUCGAAUCUCUCAGUUGUCGGUUCGUACGAUGCGAUUGAUCAUGAUCGCAUUUCUUGUUCUCUUCUGCAACCUCGCCGCAGCCGUGACACUUGAUGUCUCGCAAGAGCACUUGUUAAGCAUGCUCGUAAAAACGAUGCAAGAGAGCAAAGAACGGCCGAACGGCGCCAAUCCCGACGUCAAUCUUAACACACUGCAGAUGAUAAGAAAAGCGGGUUAUCCUGCGCAGGGCCAUAUUGCACUGACAAAAGAUGGUUAUCUUCUAACACUUCAUCGUAUCUUAGGUGACAAGAAGCCACCUGUGUUAUUGCAGCAUGGUUUAUUAAGUAGCUCCGCUGACUGGGUCAUUCCUGGCAAGAAAAGAGGACUUGCUUUUAUAUUGGCCGAUCAGGGAUAUGAUGUUUGGUUGGGCAAUUUUCGUGGGAAUACUUAUUCGAGGGCGCAUGUUUCUCUAUCUCCAUCGGAUUCAAGAUUUUGGAAUUUCAGUUUCCAUGAAAUGGGCAUCUACGAUCUACCAGCGAUGAUUUCAUAUAUCACGAAUAUGACUUCACAGUCAUUGCAUACGUACAUUGGUCAUUCGAUGGGCGGAACUGCUUCUUAUAUUAUGGCAGCGGAACGUCCGGAUAUUAUUCGAAUGGUACGAGCGAUAAUCAGCCUUGCGCCUGCAGUUUUUAUGGAACACUUGAAAAGUCCAUUACGGUAUUUUGCUCCUUUCGCAAAAGAAUAUCAGAUAAUCGCGCAUUUUUUUGGUGAAGAUGAAUUUCUGCCACAAAACGGUGUGUUGCAUUUUCUAUCAAAAUAUGGCUGCAACGUAGACGAUUUUGGGGAGAAAAUCUGCACUAACGCAAUGUUCCUGAUUUGUGGAUUCGAUAAAGAGCAGUUUGACUACAAUCUGCUACCUACGAUUCUGAGUCACGAUCCGGCUGGCGCAUCGACCAAGACGAUAGUACACUUCAGUCAGGAAAUCAUUUCGGGGAAAUUCCGUCAAUACGAUUACGGAUGCGAGAAAAAUAUGCUGAUCUAUAAUGCAACGGAACCACCUGACUAUAAUCUAGCCAACAUUACUGUGCCGAUCGCGUUGUUCUAUGGUGACAACGACUGGUUGGCCGACAGCCGGGACGUGAAGAAACUUUAUAGUCUACUACCCAACAUAUUGGAUCUGUACAGAGUACCGUUGCCUACAUUCAAUCACGUGGACUUUUUAUGGGGCAAGGAUGCACCUGAACUUGUGUACAGGAGGUUGCUUAAGAUCAUGAAAAAGAUUUGAGAAUCAAUUCAAUAAUAUUAAAUAUCAUGCUAAUAAUAUCAUGAUAAUAAAGAUGAAAGAUGAAUAUGGAAUACUAAAUCUUUUCGGUGCGUCUACACGUGCACUAUCAUCAUAAAUUAAAAGUAAUUUAGUUCAUAGUAUACGAAAUAGUUUUGUGUAGCUAAAUCAGAAUAAUGCAUGUAUCUAAGUGAUCUUUCUGUUAAAUCAAAUUGAUAAUUUUAAAAAGAUGAAUAUAAUUUAUUAUAAAAUGAUUUGCUCUCUUGCUAGUAUAAGGUAGUGAAUAAUAAUUCUUUUUAAUUUUAAAUAAAAUUAAAAGUUUAUUAGAGAAGAAUCAUAAAUUUGGUAUGAGUAUUGUAUUACAGAAUUUGAAAACAAUUCAUGGUGAUAUUUCAUGCGUAGUGACAUUUAAUUAAAUAUUUUUUUCGCGAAAUUAUAUUCAGCGAAUAAUACCGCUAAAUACAAUAUUAACGAUAAGUAACAUAAUUAUCUUGAAAUGUACAGGUAAUGGUACAGAUGUAAAUAUGUAUUGUGAAGACAACAUUUUUGUUUUUCGCCAUAUUCAUAUUUAACAUCUCCGAGAUCGGAAGCCUAAUAUUAGACUUAUAAUUAGAUUUGCCGAAAACAGUAUUUGUUUGCUAAAAUUACUUCUUUUGUUUGAAAUUAUAAUAUUUACAUUUAUUUUGCAAUAAAUUGAUGUUAUUUUGUA